GCGGACCGCCCAGACGGGAGGAUGCCCCCGGCGCCUGGGCACAUUCUCUGCUUUGUGUUUUUGAGUUUUCGCUUCACUAUUGCCAGGAAGUCACAAGCCAUGCUGUCCAGCUUCUCGCGCCUCGCUCGUGGUCCUACCACUUCGGCCCUGCUCCGUCGCCCGGGUGCCUACAGCACCAGUGCCAAGGCCGUGGCCAUCGGUAUCGAUCUCGGUACCACCAACUCCUGCGUUGCCGUCAUGGAGGGUGCCACCCCCCGUGUGAUUGAGAACGCCGAGGGUGCUCGUACCACCCCCUCGGUGGUUGCCUUCACCAAGGACGGCGAGCUGCUCGUCGGUCACCCGGCCAAGCGCCAGGCCAUCACCAACCCGGAGAACUCCAUCUACGCCACCAAGCGCAUGAUUGGCCGGACCAUCGACGACCCGCACGUCAUCGAGGAUCAGAAGACCGUGCCCUUCAAGAUUGUGGCGCACAAGAACAACGACGCUUGGGUCUAUGUCAAGUCCCAGGACAAGACCUACUCCCCGUCGCAGAUUGGUGGCUUCGUGGUGUCCAAGAUGAAGGAGACCGCCGAGGGGUACCUCAACCGCCCGGUCACCCAGGCCGUCAUCACGGUCCCGGCCUACUUCAACGACUCCCAGCGCCAGGCCACCAAGGACGCCGGUACCAUCGCCGGUCUGGAUGUCCUGCGUGUUGUCAACGAGCCGACCGCCGCCGCCCUGGCCUACGGUCUCGGCAAGUCCGGUGACAAGACCAUCGCCGUUUUCGAUCUCGGUGGUGGUACCUUCGAUAUUUCCAUCCUCGACAUCCAUGAGGAGGUCUUCGAGGUCAAGUCCACCAACGGUGACACCCAUCUCGGUGGUGAGGACUUCGACCAGGCUCUCCUGCAGCACCUUGUUGCGGAGUUCAAGAAGGAGCAGGGCGUCGACAUCCAGAACGACAAGCUGGCCAUCCAGCGUCUGCGCGAGGCCGCCGAGAAGGCCAAGUGCGAGCUCUCCUUCGCCGCUCAGACCGAGAUCAACCUGCCCUACCUGACUGCCGAUGCUUCGGGCCCGAAGCAUCUGCAGCUGAAGCUCACUCGCUCGGCCUUCGAGCGCAUCGUCGACCCCCUGGUCCAGCGCACCGUCGCCCCCUCCAAGCAGGCCCUCAAGGAUGCCGGCGUCAAGCCGUCCGAGAUCAGCGAGGUCAUCCUGGUUGGUGGUCAGUCCCGCAUGCCGCGCGUCCAGGACAUCGCCCAGGAGCUCUUCGGUCGCGAGCCUUCCAAGGCCGUCAACCCGGAUGAGGCCGUCGCCAUGGGUGCCGCCAUUCAGGGCGCCGUGCUGACCGGUGACAUGAAGGAUGUCCUGCUGCUCGAUGUGACCCCCCUGUCUCUGGGUAUCGAGACCCUCGGCGGUGUCAUGACCGUGCUCAUUGAGAAGAACAACCCGAUCCCCACCAAGAAGAGCCAGGUCUUCUCCACCGCCCAGGACGGCCAGUCCGCCGUGGAGAUCAAGGUCUUCCAGGGUGAGCGCCCUCUGGCCGCCGACAACAAGCUCCUCGGCCAGUUCCAGUUCUCCGGCUUCAUGCCGGCUCGUCGUGGCGAGCCCAAGAUCGAGGUCAUCUUCGACAUCGAUGCCAACGGCAUUGUCGAGGUGUCUGCCCGCGACCAGGUCACCGGCAAGGACCAGUCCAUCAAGGUCGAGUCCAGCGGCGGUCUGUCCAAGGACGAGAUUGCCCAGAUGGUUCGCGAUGCCGAGAACUUCGCCCAGGAGGACUCCCUCCGCCGCGAGAUCAUCGAGGGUGUCAACACCACCGAGGCCAUCGUCGCCGACAUCGAGGCCAACCUGAAGAAGUUCGAGGACAAGAUCCCCGCCGACAAGCGCGAGGACUUCCAGACCCGCCUGUCUCACCUGCGCGCUCUGGUCGAGAAGCGCGAGGACCCCAAGGCCAUGAUCGAGUCCGCCCGUGCCCUGCAGUCCGAUGUGCUGGACGUCUUCUCCGGCCAGUAUAAGGGUGUCAACCCCGAGAGCGUCAACCCCGACGCCGACGACGAGGGUGCCGACAAGAAGAAGCCCGAGUAA